UAUCAUUAUUUACACAAAAUGUUGGAAAUUUUCCACUAGUAUAUGCAGGACUAUUAUUUGUUUUAAUAACAUUAGGUAAGCCCAUAUAAGCAAAAGCCAGCAGGCAAUGAGCUAUCACAUCCUUAAUUUUCCCUCCACUAUGCAGCGAAGCAAAAACUAUGUUAGAACAAGUAUCUACUGAGACAUGCAUAUAUUUAAGCUUUCCAGCUGAGGGUAGGCAGGACACAUCCAUCUGCCAAAUGUCAUUCGGUGUAAGACCUCGAGGAUUAACUCCAGCCAUGGGUGUGUUAUGAAAAGGAGCACAGGCGGAACAUUGGGUGGUCACUUGUAAGACAGUGGCUCUGGAGCGACCAGAAUGGUGCUGCAAAGAACGAGCAUUUAAGUGAUUUUUUGAAAAUAGAGUUUAGAAGCCUUUUCUUCGGGGCUGGAAAUAAUAUCGGGUAUAUGCAUCUGCGAGUUGAUUACCCUUGGCCAGGGGUCCAGGUAAUUGAGUAUGACCUCUGAUAUGACUCACAAAAAUAGGAUCCCGCCUGGGCCAUAAUAAAUAUUGUAGACAGUAUAAUUGUUGUUGUAUACGGGACACAGGAGAAAUAUAAGGAGCAGUUUCUAAAGGAGCAAUAAUUUGAGACCAGUAAAUACUAUCAGUAUAUAAAUUAAUUGACUCAUCAGGAAACAUUUGUAAUGCUAGAAUACAGGCUGUUAUUUCAGCUGCUUGAGCAGAGACAUUGCCAACAGGAGUUUGGGAUACUAGACCUUGAGAAACUACCACAGCAUUUCCUUUCGGAGAACCGUCUGUAAAAACCAAAGGCCUAGGUUUUACUAUUUGCGGAAAGUACUAUUUGUGGUUAAACGGUCAGAUACCACAGCCAAUGAGAAAGCUAAAGCCUGUGAACUACGUCAGUAAGCCAGCCCAGGAAGUGACGUCAAGAGAACUGCGGGCGCUUGUCCGAAUAAAUUCCGUGGAGACCGAAGACAACUGCUCCUUCGCUUGCUCGACGAACAGGAAGCGAACAUGUCGGAACGGAAAGUUUUAAACAAAUACUACCCACCUGAUUUCGACCCGUCAAAGAUCCCGAAACUCAAGCUACCCAAGGACCGGCAGUACGUGGUUCGAUUGAUGGCCCCCUUCAACAUGAGGUGUAAGACAUGUGGAGAAUACAUCUACAAGGGGAAGAAGUUCAAUGCUCGCAAGGAAACAGUCCAGAACGAGGCCUACCUGGGCCUGCCUAUCUUCCGCUUCUAUAUUAAGUGCACGCGCUGCUUGGCCGAGAUUACCUUCAAGACAGACCCUGAGAACACGGACUACGCCAUGGAGCAUGGAGCCACACGCAACUUCCAGGCCGAGAAGCUCCUGGAGGAGGAGGAAAAGCGUGUGCAGAAGGAGCGCGAGGAUGAGGAGCUCAACAACCCCAUGAAGGUCCUAGAGAACCGCACCAAAGACUCGAAGCUGGAGAUGGAGGUGCUGGAAAACCUGCAGGAGCUGAAGGACCUGAACCAGCGGCAGGCACGCGUGGACUUUGAGGCCAUGCUGCUGCAGCACCGCCUGUCGCAGGAACAGCAGCGACGGCAGGAGGAGGAGGAAGAUGAGCGUGAGACUGCAGCCUUGCUGGAGGAGGCUCGCCACCGCAGGCUUCCGGAGGAUUCCGACUCUGAAGAUGAAGCUCCGCCUUCCCGACCACGCUCAGCAGCAAAACCCAACCCCAUAGCCAUCCUGGACAAGGCACUGAAGGCCAAGAGGAAGGCAGAGGCAGUGCGCAGCAGGGCACAGCUGGCCAGAUUGGUGGUCCCAAAGAAGGUGAAGGUGGAAGCCAAGGAGGGCUCAGAGCAGCUCCAGAUGCCUGCUGUGAGUGCCCCCGAGAGCAGGAAGACAGUCAACCUUGCACCCCAGACACCUGGGGCCUCCUCCCUGAGCCAGCUGGGUGCAUAUGGGGACAGCGAGGACAGUGACAGCUGAGCACCUACAGCGACAUCACAGACCCAAGAAACCAGAGGAGGAGAUGGGAUCAAGGAAGGCACCCUCAGCAAGUUCCUCUUGACCGUGUCUGCCGCAAUUUGUCCUCUCUUCUUUACACACACACUCUGAGAAACAUGCAUGGGAACAUAAAUAAAUAAAUGUAUUGUCUUUAACUAUCAAAAAGUUAUGGGUAAAAUACAGUAUGACAACCCUAAGGGAAAAAGUUGGUAUUUACAUGGUUGCAGGAGUCAGUUCUCUCCUGCUAUGUACCGUGUGGGUCUCCAGGUAUUGAAUUUAGGUCAUCUUGGAGGCAAUUGCCUUUACCCACUGAACCAUCUUGCUGGCCCUUUACUUUUAAUCUUCCCUUGUUCUUAUUUUGGAUGCUUCUCAUUGAAGAAUAUAGAAAAAGAUUUUUAAAAAAAUCAAUUUUGUAAGCCUUCCUUCCCUUUC